AUGGCCUCCAGACUCCUAUCCACCCCCUUCCGCCGCGGCUUGCAGACAUCAGCGCGCAGGUUCGAGUCUGUCGCUACGACUACCAGCGCUGGAGUACCCGGUGCGGGCGUGGCGCCGCCGUUGCCUGCUAGGAAGCCUGUUGGUGCUUUUCGUGGGGGGCUCUUCGGCUUCUUCUUCGGUAGCACUCUCGCCGGCAGUGCCGUCUACUACUAUGCGCUCCAAGAGUAUAAGGCCUCGAACGAGCUCUUGACGGGGGAUAUCUACGCUCUCCAGAACGCUGUCGACAGGCUGGGCAAGACCCUCAUUACCUUGGAGGAGAAGAUGGAGGUGUUGGAGAGGAAGAGGAAGUAA